AUGGAGAACAAUCCACCCACUGAAUCGUCCCCAGCACCACAAUCAAACAGCACUUUAUCGAAUGGGGCGGUCGAGCAACAAGAUGGCAACAAAAAUUCCAACCAUCGAGUUCCUUCAUCCAAUGGGCAUGCAACACCGGAUGGGUCGUCUGAUGACCCCAAGCAAGCUCAAAUCCAACGGUUUAUUGCAGCUCCUCUGAAUUGCAAGUUGUUUGUGCAAAAGAUCUCUGGCAAUCAAGAAUUUGAGUACCGCAAGGCCGAGGUGCUGGUAGCACGGGAGACGACACGCAAAGGGCGAGAGUAUUAUGUGCAUUAUGUCGAAUUCAAUAAGCGUUUGGAUGAGUGGGUGUCGUUUGAGCGUUUGGAUUUCUCUCGCGAUAUCGAGUUUCCAAAGCCAGAUCAAAAGAAGAAUAAGGCGCGUGAUUCGACUGCAACACCACCUCCGACUUCAACAACUGAAGGUGGCAGUAGAUCCAACAAGGGACGUCAUGGUAGCACCCCGUUACGUGCUAGCACACCGUCAGCUGGACAAAAGCGCAAACAAGAUGAUCAACAAGAGGAACAAUUGGUCCUGGGCGGUGAAGAUGAAGAUGGCGAAGUGAUGGAAGUGGUCGAGGAUCAGCAACAAGAGCAACAAAACACGUUUUCAAAGCGACAAGAGAUUGAAAACUUGAGAACGUCUGGUUCCAUGACCCAAUGCGUCAAUGAAGUGGCCCGUGUCAAGAACCUGAACAAGAUCCAAAUGGGGAAACAUGAGGUGGAGACAUGGUACUUUUCACCGUAUCCUCAAGAGUAUGCAUAUUGUGACACCCUUUAUAUUUGUGAGUUUUGUUUAUGCUACUAUGCUUCUCACAAACAAUUGGAACGACAUCGCGGGCGCUGUCAACUCUUUCAUCCACCUGGCAACGAGAUCUAUCGACAUGACGAGGUUUCCUUUUUCGAGAUUGAUGGUCGUAAGCAAAAGACUUGGUGCCGCAACCUCUGUUUACUCUCCAAGCUCUUUCUCGAUCACAAGACCCUUUAUUACGACGUCGAUCCCUUUUUAUUCUAUUGCAUGACAGCACGUGAUGAGCUGGGGUGCCAUUUGAUCGGCUAUUUUUCAAAGGAGAAGGAAUCAUCUGAAAAUUACAAUGUCGCUUGUAUUCUCACAUUGCCUCAAUAUCAACGCCAUGGCUAUGGCAAAUUGCUCAUUGCAUUCUCCUACGAGUUAUCCAAAGCAGAAGGAAGGACAGGAUCACCAGAGAAGCCAUUAUCGGAUUUGGGUCUUUUAUCGUAUCGUGCUUAUUGGACGGACACCAUUGUUGAGUUCCUAUUGUCUGCCACCGAAGAAGUCACCAUUGAGGAGAUCUCUCAAAAGACAUCCAUCACACCUCAAGAUAUCCUGCAUACCCUUCAAAACAUUGGUGCUCUAAAGUAUUAUCGUGGUCAACACAUCAUUUGCUUGGGUGAUAAGGUGGUUGAACAAUGGGAACGGAAUCAGAGAAAGCGGAAACGUGCCAUUGUCCCCGAGAAGCUCGAUUGGAAACCACUUCAUUUUACUCCUUCUCAGCUACGAUUCCUUUAA